AUGCACCUUCGGCGGUACGAAGGUGCCGGGAAAGAGAAGCCUUAUUUUCAACGAGAAUCCAAAAACGUGUAUCCUAUAGUUACAAGGCGCUGCCACGGAAACGGCUACCGAACUCAAGAUGCGGGGAGUGCGAACAAUGCACUUGAGGACUUGUUGAGGUCUUGUGCGAUCUGGGUGCUAAUUGAGUGGGGUUCAGGGCGCCUCAACGAAUACCAAGUCAUCGGGCGUCAUCUGCCAACAGAUACAAAUGCAACGCCAAAGCUCUAUCGCAUGAGAAUAUUCGCACCAAACACAGUCGUCGCUAAAUCGAGGUUCUGGUACUUUUUGAUGAAAUUGAGGAAGGUCAAGAAGUCAAAUGGCGAGAUCAUCACCAUCAACCUGAUACACGAACGACGCCCUACGAAGGUCAAGAAUUUUGGCAUCUGGAUCCGCUACGACUCGCGCUCAGGUACCCACAACAUGUACAAGGAAUAUCGGGAGAUGUCGAGGACAGAGGCAGUGGAUGCACUCUACCAAGACAUGGCCGCAAGACACAGAGCUCGCUUUAGGUCAAUCCAUAUCCUCAAAGUCGUCGAGCUUGAGAAGACCGACGAUGUGAAGCGCCCUUACAUCAAACAAUUGCUCUCCAAGAACCUCAAAUUCCCUCUUCCUCACCGUGUGCCCAAGGCCACCAGCAAGGCUCUGUUCGCCGCUCACCGACCUGCCACGUUUGCUUAG